AGAAGGCUGACUGGUAACGCACGGUCCACACCUUAUUCAGGCCCUCAAAGUACAAAAAAUUACUCCCACGUACGUACAAAACGAGGGGCAUAAAUCGUAAAACAUUUUUGAUGUCUAUCUGUAUUAAGUCUCACCCAAUGAAGGGUGGUGGACGGCUUCGGCCCAAGGCAUCGAAGCAGGAUGACUCGAUUAUGGGGACCAACAACAGCAGUAUCGUCUCCAAGCGCAGCGUCGAACGCCUAUACUACCCAAAUGAGCCACAUUUCUUCCGCUACUUCGUCAAAAAGCCUCAAAGACGAGCACCCCUGAUUAAUAGAGGCUAUUGGUUGCGCAUGAAAGCGAUAGAUCACGUGGUCAGCCAGUUUUUAAAGGAGACCACGGGGAAGAGAAAGAUUGUUGUCAACCUAGGCUGUGGAUAUGACCCUCUCCCAUGGCAAUCCUGGGCGAGAUACCCGGAAGCAUCACGAGAUGUUACAUUUGUGGACAUCGACUAUAGGGAUUUGAUUCUCAGGAAGAGAGAUAUGGUACAGCAAACAAGCGAGCUUAAUGGCGUUCUGAAGAACGUGGAAUAUCCUGAAGAUGGCGAUAUCCUACUACGAAGCGAACAAUACCUGCAGGUUGGCUGUGACCUGCGAGAUCUCACAAAGCUCGAGAAGUUCUUCUCCUCGGAGUUUGACUUGAGUAGCAGCGUCGUCUUCUGCACUGCGGAGGUUUCGAUUGCAUACAUGGACGUCGAGACUUCUGAUGCUUUAAUCAAAUGGAUUGGAUCGCUCCCCUACUCUCUAUUUUGCCUUCUGGAGCAAUUACUCCCCAAUGGACCACGCCAUCCAUUUGGAAAGACCAUGUUGGCGCAUUUCGACAAACUUCAAACGCCACUGAGGCCUGUUUUGGCAUAUCCAACCACACAAGAUCAGGUGAAUCGAUUCAAAAAAGCGGGGUGGGCAGAUGCCCGUGCUCGGAAUUUAUGGGAACUUUGGGGAUCUUCAGACUUCCUUUCCUCCAAAGAGCGUAUACACCUGGAUGAAGUUGAGCCCUUCGACGAAUGGGAAGAAUUUGCUCUUUUUGGGUGCCAUUACACGCUCCUCGAGGCAUCUAAUGUGCACCUGCCCACAACCCAGCCUCAGAACACGGAAAUAGCUGCCGCUUCUGUUGGGAAAACGGACCCCGAACCAGUGUCUGUGAAAGGGGAAAUGGAAUACACUGAGUCCUCUAAGUUAAAUGGGAUAAGGAGGUUUGGGGCAUCAUUAUCUGUUAAGGGUGACAAUGGUUGCCCAGAUCUGAAAGGCAAUUUUGGUGGUAUGGGUCUGAAUAACCGGCUAGGUUCAAUUGAUGUCUUCGCAAGCGCAUCGCAAGGCGGAUCAUCCCCUCCGGGUCCUACGCUACGUAUAAAACCCGAAACCCGCAUGUGCCACACUCUGACAGAGAUUGGAGAUUGCGGUUCACUGCUUGUGGGUGGACGAUCGUCGCCAGACAAGGCCUUUGCGGACUGCUGGCUAUACUCGAAACUAUCUCAUACGUGGGAACGUGUUGACGAUAUUCCAGUAGGCAGAUAUAGGCACUCCGCAUUUGCUCUGGGCGAUGGCUCGGUGCUUGUGACAGGCGGAAAGAAGGAUUCAAACACUGUACUGAGUGACACGCUUAUUUGGAAUCGCAAAACAGGCUGGAAAGAGUGUCUUCCCGACCAGGAUGGUAAACCACAGGUAUUUGGCGCACUGAUGAUCUCUGAUGUUAUCUCCACAACCUCCACAACCUCCACGACGACGAGUGGCUUCCUUGUUGGUGGAAUGUUGACCGACGGGCGAGUCUCGACAGAUCUCUGGUCAUGGGAGCUUCAGAAAUAUCCACGCGAGCGGUCAAUAAGAUGGAGCUGCCACGGCAAAGCUGCUGGGGUAGAGAACCAAUAUUUGCACCGAUUUGGCGCAUGUUGGGCAAACUACGACGGGAAAUCGUUGGUGGUUGGUGGUAUAAUGCCUGGCAACCUGAUUCCAGAACACGCCGAAACAGUGGCUCUCGAUAUCGAAAGCGACGCAGGACGAAUUAGGACAAAUCUAACGAAUAUAGAACGAUGCAACACAAGGCCGCUACUGAUCGGUCACUCCGUUGCAACGUCCAGCAGGAGCAUGUUGAUCAUGGGUGGAGGAGCUGUAUGCUUCUCAUUUGGCACAUUUUGGAACAAAGGCUGUUAUACCAUUUUAUCGGCCGAUGAGGAUGGAGGUAAUCUUCAAGAGUCAGACAAACAGGUCACUGGUAGUUCUGAGCCGUGGAGUUACUUGAAUACUGUUGAUUCGGAAUCGAGCCACCCCCCUAAGGUCUCAUUACGGCCUUCACCGCUUGAGAAUCAGAAGCCUAGAGAGCCUAUUAUCAUCGCGCGGAAGAAGAUUUCAUCGUGGACGGAUUUCGUGGCCAUUUUGUCUUCGGCGGAGCCAGUAAUUUUGGAGGGCCUCGACAUGGGCUCAUGUACAGAUCUGUGGACUAAUUCCUAUCUUCUAGACCGUAUUGGUCAACAUCGAGAUGUAACCGUCCACCAAGCCAUCGAGGAUCGCAUGGACUUUGUAUCAAAAAACUUCCAAUAUGUCACAAAGGACUUUGGUAGUUUCAUUGAAUCUAUCGGCAAAGGAGAAAAGCUCUAUCUACGAUCAUUGGCAAUUGGCAAGCCAUUAGAGUUGCCUGCCGACAUAUCUCGCGACUUCCCAGAAAUAGCAGGAGACUUCCAUCUCCCACGAGAGCUUGUUGUGGUUGAAGAGAACCAGCACAGUUCACCUCUGAGAAUCUCUGGUCCGGUCACUAUGUGGCUUCACUAUGAUGUUAUGUCUAACGUUCUUUGUCAAAUCCGAGGCCAAAAACGACUUCUGCUCUUCCCUCCUGGUGACGUGGAGUAUUUUGGUUUCGCUCCUGGGGCAUCUAGCUCCAGCGUAGAUGCCUUUGGGGAUUUAACUGGUACCAAGGCAGCCGCAAGCCAUCCGCAUGAAGCAAAUAUGAAACCAGGCGAUAUACUGUUCCUGCCAUCGCUUUGGUUACACACCGCGAAGCCAUUGGACGGAGUAAGUGUUUCCGCCAAUGUCUUCUUCAGAGGCCUACAGCAUGGGUACGCUGCGGGGAAAGACAUAUAUGGAAACAGGGACUUGCAGGCAUAUGAAAAGGGAAGACAGGAUAUCAGCAAGCUCAGCAAGACGUUUGAAAACCUACCACCUGACACUCGAAAGUUCUAUCUAUUGAGGUUAGCAGAUGAGUUGGACCAGAAGGCCCGGUCAUCUUGAAACAAUGAAGAAACGUUUGAACUAUAGUACUCUACAUGGACGUGACUGUCCCUAAUGUUCGCUCUGUAGUCACAGCGCCGCCAUGGCUUUACUUUGUUGGCUCCAAGAAGCACUGGCAAGGUUAGAGAUCGAACAAGCUUGCACUGAUGGUGCACACCAUCGGGAUCGCCACAAAAGCAAAACGAAGACAUUCUGCGGAGUGGCGGGCCGGAUGGUGACUCGCGGAAACGUGGACGAGAUGGCGAGACAUCGGUAAAACAUACUUUGAUGGGAAUAGACGACAACGUUGUUCGAGGUCAGGAGCAACAAAUUCUCCAUGCUGUACGUACAAAGGGGGAGCAGCGAUUUUCUCCAAUGCACCAGCAUGACAUUCAUCACAUACAUCGCAUCCUGCGCAUUAAAUUGCAUAUGGAUAUAGUAUACUCUUUACCCUGUACGGAGUACACCCUUCCAUCCGUCGUAAUAUAAAUACUCGUCGGUUCUGGUCCGAGAUCAAAAACUCGGUUGAGCUUUGGCAGCCAUGAAAAGGCCAAGAGGAGCAUGAUUAUUCCCUCCCAUCUAGACCACACAAAUCACACAAAUAAUAAGCCAGUAGCCAACAGCUUUCUCACUUGAAGC